UGAUGUCAGGAAAAGGGAAAAACAACUUCCUUGUCCCGGACCACAGAUCUACGAGAAGCUGACGACACGGAUCACAGAGCUCAGCAGCGACAGACUGAAACACACAGAGGUUUGACUGACUCAGACUCAGGACUGGACUCAGGAUCAGUGACGAGGAGCGGAAGAUGAAACUGAGGAAGAAGAGAUGAAAACUGUUGUUGUUUUUCCUUCUGUUCACCCCUGGAGUAAAUUCACCACCUCAACCUGUCUGAACUCUCCUGCAUGGAUCUUUCAUCCCCUUAAAACCUCCCCCUGUCCUUCCUCUGAGAACAUGUACCCUGGUGACCCUGAACCCACCCCGGACCCCCAGGACCUGGAGAUGGACUUCUUCCACAAGCUGGGUUACUCCACGGCUCAGGUUCAGGCCGUCCAGCAGACGUUCGGCCCCAAAAUGGACACAGAUAAGGUUCUGGGGGAGCUGGUGAGGAUCGGGGCCCGUCGGGAUGCCAAGCCGGGGCCGGUGACCACAAUGUCAGUGCUGGUUCCCAGAGGGGACGUCCAGGCGGCAGGUCCGACCCUGCAGCUUCCUGUUCCUGCAGCGGCUCCUUCGAGCAGAGAGGACAACAGUGAGGAUGAAGACGCCCUGAGACCCGUGGUAAUAGACGGCAGCAACGUGGCCAUGAGCCACGGGAACAAGGAAGUGUUCUCGUGUCUGGGAAUCCAGCUGAGUGUGAACUUCUUCCUGGACCGAGGCCACACUGACGUCACUGUGUUUGUUCCCUCGUGGAGGAAGGAGCAGCCUCGGCCGGAUGCUCCCAUCACAGAUCAGCACAUUCUGCGAGACCUGGAGAGGAAGAAGAUCCUGGUCUUCACACCGUCACGGCGCUUCGCAGGUAAACGUGUGGUCUGUAAUGACGACCUCUUCAUUGUGAAACUGGCCUUCGACACUGACGGUAUCAUCGUGUCCAACGACAUGUACCGAGACCUUCAGGGAGAGAAGCCGGAGUGGAAACGCUUCAUUGAGGAGAGGCUGCUCAUGUACUCCUUUGUUAACAACAAGUUUAUGCCUCCUGACGAUCCUCUGGGUCGACAUGGACCGACCUUGGAGAACUUCCUGCGGAGGUUUCCCAAGACUCAGAAGAAACAGCAGUGUCCUUAUGGAAAGAAAUGUACGUACGGAGUCAAAUGUAAAUUCCACCACCCUGAACGAGCCAAACAGUCGAGUCGCUCAGUAGCUGACGAGCUUCGUGAAAACACCAAACACCCUUCACCUGCUCAGAAACAACCUUCAGCUCGCUCCAGUCUUCAGCCCGGACAGAGCCUCCUGCUGGUGGAGGACAUGGCCAAGAAACUGACUCUGGGACAUGAGAGCGGCUCUGUGAAGAAGGAUCAUAAACAUGAACAAGUAGCUCAGGUGAAGCCAAGUCAGCGCUCCAGCAGGAGGACCGCAUCGAGGAAGGAGAAGCCCAGCCAGCUCUCGUCUUGUGACCACAGCUCCGGGCAGGGCGGCGGCUCUCAGGAGCAGCUGGACUCGGGUCUAGGCUCCAUAGACAGUCAGCUAAAGGAGGCUGCGUGGAACCAGUGUGAUCAUCAGUACAGGCCGACGUUCAGGAGCUGCCAGCGGAACCACAGUGCCCGACCCCAGUACUGCCCCCCAACAAGCGCCCCCUGCAGCUGCUGCUCACAUGGUCCUCCUUUACCAGCCUUCCAGCACCACAACCAGCCUCACAGCAUCAAGCCGGUCAGCAGCCUCAGCUCUGACAUGGCCCCCUACGGCCCCCUUCAGUACCAGGGCUACGGGCUGUACCCGCUCAGUGUGCCUGCCUACAGCCAGCCGACAGACUUCCAGCACAGCAGAGUCCACGAAUGCCAGCAGCAGAUGUUCUGGUCGGAUCCGUUCGGGGGGCGACGUCCAGCGGUCCGCAGCCAGCCGGGGGAGCGCUCACAGUGGGAACCGAGUCCCAGCAGGGAGGAGAGAGAGGUGGUCCGAAAGAAGCUCCUCGCCAUCUUCAGUGCACACCUGGUCGACACGGCCAUGGACAUGUUUCCUCACAUGAUGGAUCCACAGAUGCUCGUCGCUGAGAUCCUCAUGCUGCAGGGUCAGAACCGGUCUCUGAGAUGAGACCAGUCCAGACAUUAGACCGGUCCAGUCUGAACCCAGUCUUGCAGUAAGAAGACUGAAGAGAAACUGUGAUAAACAUGAGUUUGUGUGUUUUGUAUUGUGGUAUCCACCUUGUUAUAAUUUGUAUUUGAAUGUUGCUUCAGUGAACUGGGUCAAAUAAGAGGCAAAAAUCAGUUGAUACAAAUUGUAUCUUUAUUAAAAAAUGUAAAAAGAAAAGUUGAGUUCACGUCACUUGAGGUUAAAGGGUUAAGUCAGUGUUCACUGAGGUAGGUUCAGUCUAAUACAACUAAUGAUGACGAGUCAUAGAGGUGUUACUUAAUUACAUGUUUAGUAUUAAUUACAACACCUUUUCUAACUCUGACCUCAGAAAUGAAUAUAAUUGAAUUUACACAAAAACAUUUGAACAUUAUGAGUUCUGUAGCUGUUAUUGUGUUAGAUUGUCCAGUUGUACCUAUUAAAGUGAUCACUGAGUGAAUAAAGUGACAUGGAUCAGA